UAAAACGAGUUGGUUCGCCACCAGAGGGGGAAAAAACAAGCAAACCCAAGCCGGAAAUCGCUACGGGUAUCGACAACCACCAUCACUAUAGGCUAUAGCCAACCGCCAUCGCUCUUCACCUGCGCUCAAACAUCAAAUUUUGAACGGAGAUAGGAGAGGAGAGCUUUGAGUUGAGAAAAUAUGGCGAUGAGAGACCUGGUGACUGGUGGCGCAGCCUGUGCCGUGCCUGGUUCUUCUUCCUCCAAUCCCUUUGGGGCGCUUGCCAACACUCUUAUCGGCUCUUCAUCAAAGACUCAGGAAAGAUUGAAGGAGAUCCCCACAUCAGUGUCUACACCAUCUGAUGGCAACUUUGGUGUUGGAUUCCAAGAGCCACUUGCAACUCUUCCGGGGUCAGAGAUUGAUCAUCCAUUUCAACCUAAUCUGCAGGGAUCAGAAUUCCUUGAAGGCUUUCGCACUGCUGAUCAGAAUAGCUUUGCAGAUGUAUGGGAUGGGAUACAAAGGCCUCAACUUCCUCACUCUAAUUUUCCUUUGGACAACUCUCAACUUCAACCGGAGUUGAAUGGGCCACCUCAAAGAGUAUUGUCGAACUUUUUGCACUCAUUUGUUAAUAGCAGCCAUGGUGGAAUUCCUUUCCGUCCUGCUUCACUUCCAGUAUUAGGAUUGUCCCAAGGUGAAAAACAAUGCAUCAGGGAUCGUAGCACUAUCAUGGCUCGGCAUUUUUUUGCCGAUAAAAAUGAAGACUUCAUAAAUGCUCAGGUUAAUGCACUGUUGUGUUCUCUAGAUAUCGAUGCUGAUAUUAGGGCAAGGGGCCCUGUGCCUGGAAGAUUGCCGGAGCUGGAGGAUUAUUGGAAUGAGUCACAGGGUAUUAAAACCAUGCCUCAAGUCGCGGAUAGCUGGGCUGCCGAGUUUGGGCAACAUCACAUGAAUCCAGACACCAAUGCUUGGGUUCGAUCUUUUGAGCAACAAAAUGGUGUUAAUGGGUGGGCUUCUGAAUUUGAGCAUGAGCAUUCCCAGCUUGGAAUGAUUGAUCAAAUGAGAGGUGCAAAUAUUCCUAGCUUAGCAGCAAUGGAGCAAACACGCAUGCUAGCUCACACAUUAGCUCAAAACAGUGACCCCAAAUUCCAGAAUUCAAGGUUUCUCCAAUUUGUUUCAAAGAUGAGCCGUGGUGAAAUUACCAUUGAGGACAACCAAAUUAAACCAGCUGUAUCUGCACCUGGGGAUUGGGCCGCCGAAUACGAAGAACAAUAUAGUGGAGUUCAAACAUGGGCAGAUCAGUAUGAGCGUGAGGGGCUUUCUCAUGGACCAAAUGGGUGGGCAAAUGAGUUCGCUGCUGAGCAAGGGCAACAUGGAUCAGUGAAUGAUGAAUGGGUUAAUGAAUUUUCUAAGUUGAAUGUCGAUGACUGGGCUGAUGAAUUUGGUCGUCAGGUUGCUGAAGGAGCUUUGGGUGAAACUUCUGCUGAUAACUGGGCUGAUGCUUAUGAUGAGUACUUGAAUGAGCAAUCUGCAUUGAAGCAACGAUCAGAAACGUCAAGGGGGAUUUAUGAGUUUUCUGAUUUAAACCCGUAUGUUGGCCAUCCUAAUCCUCUAAAAGAAGGACAAGAACUAUUUCGCAAGGGGCUUUUAAGUGAAGCAGUUCUUGCUUUAGAGGCUGAAGUCUUAAAGAACCCUGAGAAUGCUGAGGGUUGGAGAUUACUGGGUAUAGCACAUGCAGAAAAUGAUGAUGAUCAACAGGCUAUUGCAGCCAUGAUGCGUGCACAUGAGGCUGAUUCAACGAACUUGGAAGUCCUCCUUGCCCUUGGGGUGAGCCACACAAAUGAACUGGAACAAGCAGCUGCAUUGAAGUAUUUGUACAGUUGGUUACGCCAUCACCCUAAGUAUGGAAGUAUUGCCCCUGCAGAUCAACCUGAGUCCCUAUAUUAUGCAGAUGUUGCUAGAUUAUUUAAUGAUGCUGCUCAAAUGGCACCUGAUGACGCUGAUGUACACAUAGUACUGGGAGUAUUAUACAACUUAUCAAGGGAGUAUGAUAAAGCUAUUGAAUCAUUUAAAAUUGCUUUGAAACUCAAGCCACGAGACUACUCACUCUGGAAUAAGCUUGGCGCUACACAGGCUAACAGUGUUCAGAGUGCUGAUGCAAUAUUGGCCUAUCAGCAGGCACUAGAUUUGAAACCGAAUUAUGUGCGUGCAUGGGCAAACAUGGGUAUCAGUUAUGCCAACCAGGGUAUGUACGAGGACUCUAUUCGUUAUUAUGUCCGUGCAUUAGGAAUGAAUCCAAAGGCAGAUAAUGCAUGGCAAUAUUUGAGAAUUUCUUUGAGCUGUGCAUCACGAAAUGAUAUGAUUGAAGCUUGCGAUUCACGGAACCUUGAUGUUCUCCAAAAAGAGUUCCCCUUAUAAAUACAAAAAAUGUGGCAUGCUUCUAACACGUGAUCAAAUGAGGCAUGUGCAUGAAGUUGCAAGACCAUCCAAUUGAGCCGAUAUUUUCUUUAGUUAUUAAUAUCUUGAAUCACAAUUACUAUUGUUCAUCACUUAUUUGGAUCCCUUAAUAAUACUAGUGUGGUUCACUCAUUCAGAACUAGAGGAUCAACUAGCAGCACUUUUCCGAAAUUUUAUAAAGCUCCAACUGCCACCGGGUAACCUAGAGGUAGGUGUAGUUUGAGAAACACUGCUAUGAAGUUGAUUGUAUGUUUGGAGUGGGGGAAAAUAGUCGACCUUGUUAGGGUGGUAAAGAAAAAUAAGCUGUUGUAGAGUUCACCAUUGUAUAAAUGUGAGUUACCCAAUUUAGUAGUUGUAUAACAUAUAGUGUGUGCAUGGAUGGUAUUGUUUUAACUUUGAUAAUGCUGGGAUUCUUGGCUGGCUGAUUGGUCUAUUGAUGGAACUGUUGGG